AUGACCUUUCUUUCUUUGCAAACCUGUAUAACCCACUCCCUCAGCUACACGCUCUCUUUCUUUCUUUCUUUCUUUCUUUCUUUCUUUCUUUCUUUCUUUCUUUCCAUUUUUGCUUCUUUCUUUUCGCUUCUUUACGUCUUUAUUUUUCUCUUUAUUUCUUUUUUCUCUCCCCUUUUUCUUUCUUCCAUGUUAUUUUCUUUUCUCUCCUGUCUCUAUUCUUCUUUUGUUUUCUUCCGUUUUUGUUUCUUUCCCGACUUCUUUCUUUCUUUUUUACUUUCUUUCCAUUUUUUCCUUUUAUCCUGUUUCUCUCUUCUUUCCUUCUUUUUCCUUUCAACAUUUAUCUGUUUUUUUUCUUUUUCUUUUUCAUAUUUAUUCAUUCCUUUUUGCACCCCACUGGGCUUGCUAUUUCAUUUUCUCGUGUUAAUAUAUUUUGCACUUUCCUCUAUUAAUUAUUUUUAUAUUUCUCUCUUAUUCAAUCUAAUUGUCCGUUUGUUUCUUUCUUUCUUCUUUCAUAUCUCAAUUCUCUCGUAUUUUCUUUACUAUUUGUCAUACUUAUUUUUUUUUAUUCUCCUUCAAUUCUUUCUCUUUUGCUCGAUCAUUUCUUCAUCUCUUUUUCCUUCUAUACUUUUUUUAAGCCUUUUCUCACACGUUUAUGUCCUCUCUCUCUCUCUCUCUCUCUCUCUCUCUCUCUCUCUCUCUCUCACUUUGUUUCUUUUCUCUCUUUAA